UUUAUAUGCAACAUCUGUUGCUACGGUCACGUCAUUGUUAAUGUUACAAGCGUGGUCACUUCUCCCAAGCAUCAAAAGGUAGCAACAAGGUAAACGUUUGUUGUAUUUUAAUUAUGUAUUAUUUUGUGAAUAUCUAACUUUUCGUGCAAUAGCUUUAUAUUGCGUGGCAAUAUUAAUAUAUUCUUUCACUAAAAGGAACAAUAAAUUUUGAGGGGACUUCAUCUUUAAUCCAAACGCAUGUGCAUGAGUUAUUUUUAUCUAAAAUGUGACGAAAUUCAUGUUUUCACAUUAGGUUCGAAGAAGCUGGCGUCCAAAAUGAAAUUCCAUCUCGUCAUUCUUGCUGUACUCCUGGCACACAAUAUUGUACACGGAGACGAAGAUGAUACAGACACUGUACCCACAACAGAACAACCUGAAUUGGACACGUACUGCCUAGAACCUCCGCCAACUCUGGAUGGACCUUGCAAUGAGAGAAAGAUUUGGACUUUUGACAACGACCAGAGACAAUGUGUCCAGAUAAGUGGAUGUUUUGAAGACGCGGGGCCCGAAUACAACAUGUUCAUGUCUAAAGAGAACUGUCAAAGAUGGUGUGCUUAAAUGAACUGCUGUUCAUCAAAAUGAAGUGUUUUGCUUUGUUACUAGUCA